AUGGUUCUCAAAAAGGCUGCGAGCACCUUCUACUCAGUGAUAGGGUCUACACGGUCGCUGUGGCAGCCAGCAUCUACACAUUUUCCCUACAGUGGAUUUGGCGCGUUGCUGCUUGCUUCGGCUGGUGUUGUGGUCUCGGUGGCCAUCUUGCUCGCGUCAAACGGCGAUGAUGUAAGGUCGUGGAAGUUUCAGCCUACUGUCUAUAUCUCGAUUGCCUCCACCGUCACGAAUAUUACCGUGGCCUACGCCUUGUUCGAGGGACUCAAUGUUGCGUGGUGGCACAAGGCAUUGAAGGAUGGAACAGUGAUCGGUGACCUACAUCGUAUCUGGGCAUUCGGCAACAGUGUCCUGGCAGCUAUUUUCUGCGGUCGACACAUCAACAUGAUUGCAAUUGCAAGCAUUUUUGUUGCGCUAUGUCCAAUCAAUGGUCCUCUGCUUCAACGUGCCUCAACAAUCAGCAACGCGACCGUGACGAGCCAGCAACAACUAGACCUUCAGGUCAACAAAUUCGUGCCGCGAGGCUUCACAGGAAUUGUAACAAGCCGAAGCGAUUCAGUCAACAUGCUUACCAGCAACUUCUCGACAACUGCACGAGAUUACUAUAGCCGAUCACCGAUCAAGUUGGAUUCCGCUUGCACUGGAACUUGCAAAGCCAAUGUACUUGGAGCUGGUUUUUAUGUCAACUGUUCGUCAUAUGAAGUGCCGUACAACGUGUCUGGAGGCAGCUACGACAGCCCCACGGUAUUUGGCGCGUGGGUCGAUUAUGCUGUCUUUGACAAUCCAACCACGUUCAAUCUCGAUGUUCAAAUCAAGCCCAAGGCCGGAUGUACAGAUGGUUCUACCUCGACAGUCAGCCUAGACCCGGCAACAACGAUCUGGGAUGAUACCGUCGUAGGGAAUCUUGACGCGCUCGAUACUGAGACUCAUUUAAGUGGAACAACGACCUAUGGGGGCCUUUUUCUGGCACUUGCCAAUCAAUACAACACCGACCUACAGUUUCAAUUUGGGGGAGCGAUUGGUUGGGAGUUCUUUGGUGCACAAAGUGAAUCGUCGAUCGCCUAUGCUCAUGAUGUCGGCGGUCAGCCUACGUGUGAUGUCUAUUUCACAGAUCCGCUUGCCGACUUUCUUCAGGGAGCGCGCGAGUUGAUUUUUCGCACCGCAGUCGCUACAGCAAACAGCAGCGACACCCAAAGCGUCGUCGCGCAAGCCUCAGGAAGUCACACUGUCUAUAAAACCAGCUAUGUAUUUUUGGCACUCGCCACACUGGCAUCAGGCCUGGCCAUUUUGUCAGUCCUCUUGACGUUCAAUGGCUUCUGGCGUCUCGGCAGGAAAGUGUCAAUGAGUCCUCUCGAGACGGCAAAGGCGUUUGAUGCGCCCAUCAUGAAAGAGGCAGAUUCCAGCGCCCCAGCGAAGGCACUUCUGAACCAGGUUGGGGGCAAGCCAGUCAAGUACGGCCUUGUCAACGAUGGCGCAGGAUUCGACACGGAGGUGCCUCUUCCUUAUACUGAGAGUGGCUUCCGCGAUAGUCCAUACAACCAGACCAGCCAUACUCGCUCGGGCAGUCUACUGCGGAAGUUUUCAGGAUACAACAACAUCUCGGGUAGCGACAUUGAAAUGUCAACCCGUACUGGAAGCAGCAUGCCAGCUGGCGCACACUUGGAACUCGCCGAUCCAAAGAGAGUCACGACACUCUAG